CAUAAUUUCCCUUACAUGUAGGUCUGCCGACACUCGCGUGUUGACUUUUGGAUAUUUGAACGACGACAAGAUCCUCAAAAUCGCAAAAGAUGCCAUCUUUGCUGUCAAUAGCGUCAGUGGCGUCAGACGCGUCAAGGGCGUGCCAAACUCCCGAGGUCGGCUUCUUAUCGAUAGCUAGAAGAAUAUCUACGUGAACUCACCCUUCUAAUGUCCUAACAUCACUGGGCAUUGUUAAUAUCCUUCGUUCAAAUCACGUCGUUGCAAUUGCCUCUACCAAACCGACCGUCAUCAUGAUGCGCAGGAACUCCGCCGUUCUGCGUGCCGUCGCGCCUGCCGUCUCCCGCUCUACCACCACUCAGACCCCCUCGCGACCCUUCUCUUCGACACCGCCCGCAUCUUCCGAGCUCGACUCCGCAGCAUUCGGCGAACGGCACAUCGCCAAAGGAAUUGGCCGUCUUACAAAGCAUGUCUUCGAGGAGGGCCAGGGCACAUUCAUCACGACCGACAAGGGCGUCAAGCUUCUUGACUUGACAUCUGGAAUCGGUGUCGUGAACCUCGGCCAUUGCCACCCCAAAGUCAGCGCUGCUGCCGCAGCUCAGUGCAGCAAGAUCACACAUGCUCAAGUCAACAUUGGUUUCAGCUCCGCGCAAAUCGCCCUGCUCAAGGAGCUGAUCCCCAUCCUCCCACACAAGUCUCUGGACACCGUCUUUCUUUGGAACUCGGGCGCCGAAGCAGUCGAGGCAGCUAUAAAGCUCGCACGUGGCGCAACAAAGAAGCCCAACGUCAUUGUUAUGCAAGGUUCUUACCAUGGUCGUACCAACGCAACAGCAUCGAUGACCCGGUCAAAGACCAUCUACGGCGAAGGACAUGGGCCGUUGAUGGGUGGUGUUUUCGCAACAGCAUUCCCGUACUACAGCCAACUCGGUGGUGCCACUCCCGACACACCCACCGAAGUGCUUGUCAACUACGCUCUUGAACAGGUCAAGCUCACAUUACAACAACAGACCUCGCCCGCAGACACAUGCGCCAUCAUCUUGGAGCCAGUCCUUGGUGAGGGAGGCUACGUCCCUGCCCCUCCAGCAUUCUUGCACGGCUUGAGGAAGAUCUGUGACGAGAACAACAUUCUCCUCAUCGCUGACGAGGUUCAAUCUGGCAUGGGUCGUACCGGUCACAUGUUCUUUGUCGAAGAGUCUGGUGUCCGACCCGAUAUCCUGAUCUUCGCCAAGGGCAUUGCAAAUGGCUUCCCGCUCUCCGGUAUUGCCAGCUCAAAGGAGCUUAUGGACUUGCAAAAGCCCGGAUCCAUGGGUGGCACAUAUGCGGGAAACGCUGUUGCCUGCGCCGCCGCCAAGGCUGUCAUCGAGGUAUUCCGCGAAGAGCACAUUCUCGACAACGUCGCCGCGCGGUCCGAGCAGCUAUUCACCUUCCUCAAAGACCUCAAGAACUCUGGCACCAAGGCCGGUAACUUGAUCGAAGACAUCCGCGGCAAAGGCCUGAUGGUCGGCGUGCAAUUCGCAAACCGCGCACUCCAGUCCGACUCGUCAAACGUCGCUGCGUGGGACGCAAAGUCGCAGCCCCAGAUUGCGCCUAAGGUUGUCCAGGAGAGCAUCAAGCGUAACAUGCUGUUGCUGAGCACAUCGGUGUUCGAUGUUCUAAGGUUCAUCCCCCCGCUUACUAUUAGCGAGGAGGAGAUGACACAGGCUUGCGGCAUCUUCAAGGAGUCGUUGGAGGCUGUGGCGAAGGAAUUGUAAAGUAUCUUGACUGGGAUUAGUUAUUUGAAGCGUUAUGUAUGCCAUUAUGAAAUUUAGAUCACACUAUACCGCACUAGUAAUCCUU